GAAGUUAUCUCGCAUCGAUCCCAAAUACCUCUGGUGCAACUAACAUGUGAGGCCGGUUCCCAAGACAUUGGGAACCAAUGUUAUUGGAUGACCCGGGGGGUGCUCCGGUGCCCCGUUCAUAAAAUUGACGGUUCCUACCCCUCUAACCCCCGGUAAACCCCACCCCGUCCUGACCCGAACACGCCCCCUACCCCUUCAACUACACUCCCAAGUUAAUUUUGACUUUGGAGUCAAAUUUUGACUCCAAAGUCAAAAUCAACUUAGGGGUGCAAUUGAAGGGAGUGGAAGGACGUGAUAGGAACCGUCAAUUUUAUGAACGGAGCACCAACCGAAGCACUUCGAGUCAUCCCAUGACCCCAAUGUCAUGGAACCAAGGUGCUAACGCGUUGGAGUAAAGAAUGUUGGGACUUGGGAUGUAUCCCUAAAAACAAACACUAUAGCAAUAGCAUAGGAGAAGCCAAAGAGGCGGAAAGCAAUUAACUGGAACUGGGAAGACCAUGCCAAGACCGAAGGGCGAAGACAGAGGAAGACCAGUAGCCUCAUCUUCACUGCCGCAGGCUGCCCGCCUCACCGCGACGCCCUCCAGGUCCAGCAUUCUCUUCACUCUUCACUUCAUCAGAAAAAUUUGAAAUCUGAGAGAAGGCAAAAAUGAGAUUACUGAAAGUGGCUACAUGCAAUCUUAACAAUUGGGCUAUGGAUUUUGAUUGCAAUAUGAAGAACAUACAGGUUUCCAUUUCUAAGGCUAAAGAGGCGGGAGCUAUGAUCAGGCUUGGCCCCGAGCUCGAAAUCACUGGCUAUGGCUGCGAGGAUCACUUCCUUGAACUUGACACCGUCUCUCACGCGUGGGAAUGCUUAAAAGAAUUGUUGCUAGGUGAUUGGACCGAUGACAUAUUGUGUAGUUUUGGAAUGCCAGUUAUCAAAGGAUCAGAGCGCUACAACUGUCAAAUACUGUGUCUUAACAGGAAAAUAUUAAUGAUACGACCCAAGAUAUGGCUAGCAAAUGAUGGAAACUAUAGGGAACUCCGAUGGUUUACNGUACAAUUCUUUGUGUUCUACUAAGAAUGUUCAUGCUCUAGUAAACUUGCAGGUGGGAAUGCUUAAAAGAAUUGUUGCUAGGUGAUUGGACCGAUGACAUAUUGUGUAGUUUUGGAAUGCCAGUUAUCAAAGGAUCAGAGCGCUACAACUGUCAAAUACUGUGUCUUAACAGGAAAAUAUUAAUGAUACGACCCAAGAUAUGGCUAGCAAAUGAUGGAAACUAUAGGGAACUCCGAUGGUUUACGGCUUGGAAGCAGAGAUGUCUUGAGGAUUUUCAGCUCCCAAGUGAUGUUUCUGAAGCUUUGACUCAGACAGUAGUUCCAUUUGGCUAUGGCUAUAUUCAGUUUUCAGACACAGCUGUUGCAGCUGAAGUUUGUGAGGAACUUUUUGUACCUUCACCACCUCAUGGUGAACUUGCAUUGAAUGGAGUUGAAGUAUUUAUGAAUGCAAGUGGAAGCCAUCAUCAGCUAAGGAAGUUGGAUCUUCGCAUGCGUGCUUUCGUAAGUGCCACUCACACACGUGGAGGCGUUUACAUUUACAGCAAUCUACAAGGAUGUGAUGGUGGUCGACUUUAUUUUGAUGGAUGUUCUUGCGUGGUUGUGAAUGGAGACCUAGUAGCCCAAGGUUCACAGUUUUCUCUAAAGGAUGUUGAAAUGGUGUUUGCUGAAAUUGACCUUGAUGUGGUUGCUAGUCUUAGGACAUCUACUAGCAGUUUCCAAGAGCAAGCUAGUUGCAAACCAAAAGUUUCUGCAGUCAUUGUUCCUUACAAGCUUUGCAAGUCCUUCAAUCUCCGAAGGUCACUUUCAAGUCCUCUUAAGAUUAGGUAUCACUCUCCUGAGGAAGAAAUAUCACUUGGGCCUGCUUGCUGGUUAUGGGAUUAUUUAAGAAGAAGUGGUGCAUCUGGGUUCUUGCUUCCACUUUCAGGUGGUGCUGAUAGUUCGUCCGUUGCUGCUAUAGUUGGUUCAAUGUGCCAGCUCGUUGUUAAAGAAAUUGCAAAUGGGGAUGAACAAGUCAAAGCUGAUGCUAUGCGAAUUGGCCAUUACACUGAUGGACAGCUCCCAGUAGAUAGCAAAGAAUUUGCUAGACGUAUAUUUUAUACUGUUUUUAUGGGGUCUGAAAAUAGUUCUGAAGCCACCAAAUAUCGGGCAAAGCUUCUGGCAGAUGAAGUUGGAUCAUGGCAUCUAAAUAUUAACAUUGAUGGGGUAGUUUCAUCUAUGAUCUCUUUGUUUCAAACACUUACGGGGAAGCGCCCACGCUAUAAGGUAGACGGUGGAUCAACCAUUGAGAACUUGGGGCUACAAAAUAUUCAAGCUCGAGUUAGAAUGGUCCUAGCAUUCAUGCUAGCAUCACUUUUGCCAUGGGUUCACAAUAAACCCGGUUUUUAUUUGGUAUUGGGUAGCUCCAAUGUGGAUGAAGCAUUGCGCGGGUAUCUAACAAAGUAUGAUUGUAGUUCAGCUGAUAUAAACCCAAUUGGAAGUAUCAGCAAGACGGAUCUCCGAACGUUUCUGAGAUGGGCAGCCACUCAUCUUGGUUACUCAUCCUUGGCAGAAAUUGAAGCAGCUCCUCCCACUGCCGAAUUGGAGCCUAUACGGUCUAACUAUAGUCAGCUGGAUGAAGUGGACAUGGGUAUGACAUAUGAUGAACUCUCAGUCUAUGGAAGAAUGCGUAAGAUCUUCCGAUGUGGGCCUGUAUCGAUGUUUAAGAACCUUUGCUACAAAUGGGGUACAAUAUUGACUCCAAAGGAGGUGGGUGACAAAGUAAAGCACUUCUUCAAGUACUAUUCCAUUAAUAGACACAAAAUGACUGUCUUAACACCUUCCUAUCAUGCUGAGAGUUACUCACCGGAGGACAACAGAUUUGAUCUUCGACAAUUCUUGUAUAAUGUGAAAUGGCCUUACCAGUUCCGGAAAAUUGAUGAACUUGUGGAUGAGCUUAACGGUGACCAUGUUGCUAUUACAAAAUCAACAUGCCAGGAAACGGACACGGUUGAUGGUGAUGGUGGUGGUAUGGGUGUUGUGGCAGCAGGUGCAGGCAACCCUAAGGCUGGGCUUUAAGUUUCUCGUCAAAUUGCUUUAAAUCUCUAGCCAUAAAAACUCGGUUUUUGCACUCUGGAUGAUGCCACGCUUCCCCCAUCCAAUGCCCAAGGUGGAGAUGGUGAAUCGCCAAUAAGGAUGAAAAUCAAUUCUGAGUUCCUAGCCAUUGCACAUUGGUUCACAGGACGCCCUCAUUAUCGUUAUCAACGUUAUUCAUUAUCAUAAUUAUAUAGCAUUUUUACUUGUUUUUUGCUUGCAAAGUUGCGUCAGUUGAAAUCACUCGUCAAAUAAAUAAUUCUUUUUCCCUGUGGCAAAUGGUGAAGCUAUAGGUAAGUGUAAGAUAUUGUAAUGGCAACUAAUAGGAACCAAACUGUGAUAAAAACUUCAGCACUACAAUAAUCCAAGUGAAAGAAACAAUCGUUCUGAGA